UAUUUAUGAGGCUUUAUAGACCUGCCCUGGUCCCUCCCCCUCUUCACUCUCCCUUUGAAACCUGUUGUAAAUCUGGGCGUCACACACGCAAUAGAAGAAAAAGUUGUGAAAUUAUUUCCAGGAAACAGAGAGGAGCCGCUCCGACAGUAGCAGGCAGACUGACCACACGAUGAGUCAUUGUGUUGAAGAAGAGGCGGACAGAUCAGAGUCUUCAGUUUGGUCCAAAGAUUCACCUCCAGUCUUCGGUCAUCAACCAUUAAACACAAAGACUCAGGAGGAGCAGCUGUCUUGUUGUGCUUUGAGUCAGGACCUUUUGAGGGAUCCAGUCUCUCCCAGCCAGAAGGAGUCUCCUAUUGAACCAGACUGGUCCCAGUGUGGAGAAAGAUCCAGAACAAGAUCUGGACUGCAGACAGCCACCGAUAGUGGUCUGCAGGAGGUUUUAGAUGACCAUAAGAUCAGUCUGAGGAGGAGAUGUCAAUGUGUGACUGAAGGAAGUAAUGAAACAGGAAGUGGAAUCCUGCUCAACAGUAUCUACACUGAGCUCUACAUCACAGAGGGACAGAGUGAAGAGGUUAAUACCCAACAUGAGGUGUGGCAGAUCGACAGCUCCAAGAAGAAGACCCUCCAUGACACUCCAAUCAAGGUCCACGACAUCUUUAAAGCCUUGCCAGGCCAACAGAGACAAAUCAGAACCGUCCUGGCGAUCGGCGUCGCUGGAGUUGGAAAAACCUUCUCAGUGCAGAAGUUCACUCUGGACUGGGCAGAAGGUUUGGAAAACCAAGAUGUCAGUCUCGUGAUUCUGCUUUCGUUCAGGGAGCUGAACUUGAUCAAAGGUGAACAGUACAGUCUCCUCAUGUUGCUGCAUGUUUUCCAUCCAACAUUACAGAAGGUAACGGCAGAGAAGCUCGCUGUCUGUAAAGUUUUGUUAGUCUUCGACGGCCUGGAUGAAAGCAGACUAACAUUGGAUUUCCACAACAAUGAGGUUGUGUUUGAUGUCUCGCAAAAGUCAUCAGUCAACGUGCUGUUGACAAACCUCCUCAGUGGGAAUCUGCUUCCCUCUGCUCUUGUCUGGAUAACCUCCCGACCUGCAGCAGCCCAUCAGAUCCCUCCUGCAUGUCUUGACAGGGUAACAGAAGUACAAGGUUUCACUGACGUCCAGAAGGAGGAGUACUUCAGAAGGAGAUUCAGUAAUGAGAAGAUGUCCAGCAAAAUCAUCUCACACAUCAAGACAUCCAGGAGCCUCCACAUCAUGUGUCUUAUCCCAGUCUUCUGCUGGAUCACUUCUGCAGUUCUGGACCACAUGUUGACUACUGACCAGAGAGAAGAGCUGCCUAAGACCCUUACUGACAUGUACUCACACUUCCUGGUGCUUCAGACAAGGAGGAAGAAGCAGAAGUAUGAUGACAGCCACAAGACAAGUCCACAGGAGCUGAUGGAGGCUGAUAGGGAAGUUCUUCUGAAGCUGGGGAGGCUGGCGUUUGAACAUCUGGAGAAAGGAAACGUUAUGUUCUACCAAGAAGACCUGGAGCAGUGUGGUCUUGAUGCUACGGAGGCCUUGUACUCAGGAUUUUGUACAGAGAUCUUCAAAAAGGAGUGUGUGAUCUUACAGAAAACAGUCUGCUGCUUUGUUCAUCUGAGCAUUCAAGAGUUUCUGGCUGCAGUCUACCUGUUCAACUGUUACACAAACAGGAACACAAAGGUACUGGAGGACUUCCUGAACGAAAGGGAUGAUGUUGAUGAUGAUGACGAUGAUGAUGAUGGUGAUGACACAGAAAAUGACUAUUACCCAUCCCUAGAUGUCUUCCUGUAUAUUAAUAUGGAGAAAUCCCUUGGAAGUAUAAAUGGCCACCUGGACCCGUUUGUCCGUUUCCUUCAUGGCCUCUCUUUGGAGUCCAACCAGAGACUCUUAGGAGGCCUGCUGGGUCAGACAGACAACAGUCCAGAAAUCAUCCAGAAAGCCAUUGAAAACCUGAAAGGUAUGAAAGCAAAGUUGAUCUCUCCUGAGAGAAGCAUCAACAUCUUCAACUGUCUGACGGAGAUGAACGACCACUCGGUACAUCAGGAGAUUCAAGAGUUCUUAAAGUCAGAGAACAGAUUACAUAGGAAACUUUCUGAGAUCCACUGCUCAGCUCUGGCCUACAUAUUGCAGAUAUCAGAGGAGGUUCUGGAUGAGUUGGACCUGGACAAGUACAACACAUCAUGGGAGGGUCGACUCAGACUGAGGCCAGCUGUAAGGAACUGCAGAAAAGCUGUACUUCCUGAAUGUUGGCUGUCAAAGACUCACUAUGAACUUGUGGUCUUAGCUCUGAAGUCCAACCCCUCUCAUCUGAGACAGUUGGACCUGGGAGGAAGCAAGCUGCAGGAUUCAGGAGUGAAGCUGCUGUCUGCUGGACUGGAGAGCCCACACUGUAGACUGGAAUCACUUUCAUGUGUUUCUCUGGUCUCAGCUCUUAAGUCCAAUCCCAUCCAUCUGAGAGAGCUGGACCUAAGCAGAAACAACUUGCAGGAUUCAGGUGUGAAGCUGCUCUCUAUGGGACUGGAGAAUCCACAAUGGAGACUGGAGACUCUCAGACUGAGUGACUGCAGUUUGGCAAAGACCAGCUGUGCUUCUCUGGCCGCAGUUCUGAAGUCCAACCCCUCCCACCUGAGAGAGCUGGACCUGAGCUACAACAAGCUGCAGGACUCGGGAGUGAAGCUGCUUUCUGAUGGACUGAAGAGUCCAAACUGUAGACUGGAGACUCUCAGACUUAAACACUGUGAACUACCAGAGAGCUGCUGUUCAUCUCUUGCCUCAGCUCUGAGCUCCAACCCCUCCCACCUGAGAGAGCUGGACCUGAGCUACAACAAGCUGUAGGACUCGGGAGUAAAGCUGCUUUCUGCUGGACUGGAGAGUCCAAACUGUAGACUGGAGACUCUGAGGUUGAUAUGCUGUCUGCUCACAGAUGGAAGUUGUCUUUCUCUGGCCUCAGCUCUGAAGUCCAACCACUCCCAUCUGAAAGAGCUAGAGUUGAAAGGGAACAAUGUGCAGGAUUCAGGAGUGAAGAUGCUUUCUGUUGGAUUGGAGAGUCCGCACUGUAGACUGGAAACUCUGAGGUUGAAGGACUGUCUGAUCACAGAUGAAGGCUGUGCUUUUUUGGCCUCAGCGCUGAAGUCCAACCCCUCCCAUCUGAAAGAGCUAGACUUGAGCCUCAACAAUCUGCAGGAUUCAGGACUUAAGCUGCUGUCUAAUCUUGUGGAAAGUCUACACUGUAGACUGGAGACUCUGAGGUUUAAAUGAAGCUGGACUGUAGAGACAGAGGGUGUCAUUUAUCAAUCUGCUACAUCGUCAGCCUGGACACAUGUUCAUCAAAAAUCUCAGAAUCACCUCUUAUUGCUUUUAUUCCUUCUUUCUUCCCUUCACGUUCUUUAUAUUGUUUAUAUGUCCUUUAUUAUAUCAUGCCAGAAGAAAAUAACCAUUUAACUAAACUUCAAGCAUGCCUUAAGGACAAAUAAUGUUGGUCGUCCUGCAAUGUUUUGAUGUUAAACACAGACAAAACUAAGUCAUUGUACUUGGCCUCAAAUGCUUCCGAAACACAUUUUUUAAUGACAUAGUUACUCUGGCAUUAACUUGUCAUCCAGCACCACCAUAAGGAAUCUCGGCAUUAUCUUUGAUCAGGAUAUGGCCUUUAACUCCCCCAUUAAACACAUUUCAAGGACUGCCUUCAUUUGUCUACGUUACAAAACUACUACAAACUAGUCUGUGCAUGUGUUACUUCAAGGCUGGAUUACUGCAACUCCUUAUUAUCAGGUUGUCCCAGAAAAUCCCUUAAAACUCUUCAGCUGAUCCAAAAUGCUGUGGCAGGUGUAUUGACAAGAACUAGGAAACAAGAUCAUAUGACUCCUGUAAUAGCUGUUCUGCACUGGAUCCCGGUAACAAUCCAGAAUAGAAUUUUAAAUCCUGACCUACAAAGCAAUUAAUGGUCAGGCUCCAUCUUAUUUUAAAUAUUUCAUAGUACCUUAUAACCCAACUAGAGCAUUGCGCUCCCAGUAUGCAGGGUUAAUUGUGGUUCCUAGAGUCUCUAAAAGUACAAUGGGAGCCAGAGCCUUCAGCUAUCAAGUUCCUCUACUGUGGAAACAACUCCCAGUUUGUGUUCGGGAGGCAGACACCCUCUCCACAUUUCAGAGCAGGCUAAAGACUUUUCUCUUUGAUAAAGCUUAUAGUCAGGGCUCGCUCAGGCUUUCCUUGAGCUAAGCCCCUAGUUAUACUGCUAUAGGCUUAGACUGCUGGGGGACUUGCACCUCUCUCUCCUCCUCCACUAUUAAAGGUAACGUCUGGAUCAUGAAUCACCUGUUGCCCUGGUCAUGCCUAAGACCCACCUUAAUAAUCUAUUUUUGAAGGCACCGGGAAGUUUAUUUUGACAUCCUCCUGGAUCCAUCUUUUUUAUAUACCACUGCAUCAUCAUUUUUUUCACAUGGAUUGUCUAUGUUGUAUGUUUACUAUGUUGUCUAUUCUGUUUUACACGACAUCUAUUGCACGCCUGUCCGUCCUGGGAGAGGUAUCCCUCCUCAGUUGCUCUCCCUGAGGUUUCUUUCAUUUUUCCCCCUUUAACCUUUUGGAGUCCGGGCCUAAUUUGGCCGUUUUCGCAUACUUUUGAUUCUGCCUUACUAAACCCCAUUAAGAAAUGUCAAUGUCAAUGUUUGAUAUCUUCUUUUUGAGUACAACCUCACCUAUAUAACCUGAUAGUUAUUUAUUCAUUUUGACAUACUAUAUGAACAUAUUGGACCCAAAACCACACAAACAACGUAAAAACAGAUUUUGAAAAAAUUAUAUUAUUUUUACUAUUUAACACAAACAUGCACAACGAAACAUUUUGAUAGCUGGAAAGAUAUACAUGGGAUGUCACUAUAAUAAUGUAACAUUUUGAUUGAUGUAACAUGAACCUAGA